GACUUUUGUUUCGAGGGGUCUGAAUAUGGCGCGGGACCUAAAGAUGAUCGUGACGUGGUGAUUGGUCACAGGCAAAAUAGCAUCUUCCUAACUUCUCCAUUUGGGAUUAGCAGGUUUCGGAUUGCCACACAAAGGACAUAUAGCUAAUGUUUAUAUUUAUGUAAAAAAUAAUUUAUUAGGUUUAUUGUUUUAAUCUAGUAGGCCGUCGCAUUUUUUAAACGGGUGUUAGCUGAGAGGCCUGACGAAAACAAACGGAUUAUUUGGCGUGCGUCACCUCGUCUGCUGAGAGGGACCAGGCAGCACCAUGAAGCUCUACAGCCUGAGCGUCCAUUACAAAGGAACGACUAAAGCAAACCUUCUGAAAGCGGCCUACGACCUGUCCUCUUAUAACUUUUUUCAGAAGUCCAGCAUCCAGGAGUUCAUGACCUUCACCAGUGCCUUGAUUGUUGAACGGACAACAGUUGGAAGUCGUGCCUCUGUCAAAGAGCAAGAGUACCUCUGUCACGUAUAUGUGAGGAAUGACAACCUGGGUGCCGUGGUCAUUGCGGAUUCUGAAUACCCGCAAAGAGUCUGCUUCACACUGCUUGACAAGGUGUUAGAAGAGUUCUCCAGAGAGGUGGACAGUAUAGACUGGCCCUCUGGUAACCCCGACACCGUUAACUACAAAGCCCUAGACGUUUACCUCGCCAAGUAUCAGAACCCCAAGGAAGCGGAUGCAAUGUCCAAAGUCCAGGCGGAGCUGGAUGAUACAAAGAUCAUUUUGCACAAGACCAUGGAAAGUCUGUUGGAGAGAGGGGAGAAACUGGAUGACCUCGUGGCCAAGUCCGAACACCUGGGGACCCAGUCCAAAGCCUUUUAUAAGACUGCAAAGAAACAGAAUUCCUGCUGCGAGAUCAUGUGACGCCGCCGCCUCGUCCCCACAGACACGCCUCUAUCUCUGACUCUCUGCCUUCCUGCUCGUCGCAGUCCUACGUUCCCCAUCAUGCACCAGCUCUCGACACAAUGAGAUGAAAAUCUGGCGUGAUUUUCACCGACGGGGGGGGGGGCCAGAGGAGCGAUUGGGGUCCGAGGAACCUUUUGCAGCACUUCAGUAGCAGCGGAGGACAAAACUCGCGUGUCGUUGUCUUUUGAUGUCGUGUUGAAACCAUUUAUCAUCCAGAUUGAAUCACGUCUUAAAUAUUAUUUUUUUUUCAUCAAUAACAUGUUUGUUACUCGUUAGUUACAUGCUAUUCAUUUGGACUUAUCGUCAACAUUCCUGCUGUCGCUGAUACCGUAUUUGUGAGGUGUUCAUGCGGUGUGAACAUUUAUUCACCCCAUCAGAGUGGUGGUUAAUAAUGUCUAUUUCAAAGCCAAACUGGACUUGGUCUUAAAAGAUAUACAAAAAUGGUUGAAUGACACUCCAUUGCAACCCCCACCCUGCUUUUUUUUUUUUUUUUUUU